AUGAUCUUGCACCCGCUAAAAAAUACUUACGAAUCCUAUACCGGCGGUAGUAAUUUAGCGUAUAAAUAUCAAGCUGAUCCACCAAAUACACAAGUUAACGAUAUAGUGCGUUCAACAUGUGCUUUCCUUCGACGAGGUCAAAAAGUUGAUUACGAUCUUUGGGCUGCUCAAGGUCCUGAUUACAAAAUUUGGGAUUAUAAUCAUUGUAUUGAGGCUUUUAAAGCGGUUGAAAAUAUUGCGCAUAAAAGUUCUGAUGAAGAAUUUAAAAAUUAUCAUGGGUUCAAUGUAGCGUUAGACAAAAUGCAAAUGGAGUAUGAGAAUAUCAGAUGGAAAAGCGCUUUUCGUUGGCUGAUGGUUAUCCGAGACUUAUCUCCCUUCGAAAUCAUUCUCCUUGUGGAUUAG